UAUAUAGUUUUAUUAUCUUAUGUGAAUCAUCGUAACAGCGACCACGACGUAUAUUCCUCCAUACCUGUCUUAUCUAAUCCGAUGACCGAUCUCAUCCUAAAAUAACAAACUAAUAGAUGUCAUAUCCCCGAAUUCCUGCCGAAUUUCUCAUCAUUCGCCAUGACUACCCUCGCGAGAAUUUUAUCUUUUCCCUUUCCUUCCUUACCAUCAUUUUUCCUAUCACCACCAGAUCAGUUCCCUGCUAGCACUCUUCAAGCGAACACCUAGCCCCUCUCUCUUUCGAGCGGUAUUACACUCUUGUUGAGAAUUAUAAAAUAAAGUCAGUUAACAGUCGGAGGCAUAAAAGCUGAUUUCUCGUUCCUUCCCAAUAUUCGUUUCGCUUCAUAAGCUGUGGCAAACGUAACAAUUGGUGGCAGCGAUGGGAUCAAGAAGACGAAAUAAAAACAACACGUGGAAGGAACGCGUAGGAAGAGACAGACAUUAAGAAGACUGUUAAAAGACUAAGUUAUCAUCGAGAGGACAAGCAGUUGAGCCUGAGGAAAUUGAGUCGAGAGAACUUCAUUAGUCGCAAAAUUAAUGAUGCAGAAAACUCAAAGUCAGCCGCAAUCUCAAAUCAGUGGACUCAGCCAGGGACGUCGAGCAUAUCGCAGUCAGAGCCUGCUAACAUCCUGAGAUCCGAUUGACCGAUUAACCCCCGACGAACGGACUACAGUUCUCGAGGAAAUAGGCAUAAGGACUCCAGGAUUUUUCCGGAAGGAACAUAACAGCCGACAUCAAGUAAUCGACGAGAACGGAACUCCGUGGAAGGCUACACGUAAAAGGGUCAUCAACUCAAGGACAUUGUCAUCCAAAGGACUUCGGAAGCAUCAUGCGACUCGUAGUAGUAACGACGAUGUUAAUAGUGACAGCGAUGACUAGAGCCGAUACAUUUCAAGCAUUUACCAACGAAGCGUUAAAGAAACUGGCAGAGGUUUAUUUUGAAAAUAUAGGAGAUUUGAAUAUCUUCCGGGACCAUUGGAAAAUAAUCAACUACGUUAACCUCAUCCCAUUAGAAGAAAAGGAAAAAAUAAUAAAAUUUUACGCAAGCAAAAUCGAAAUCUUAUGUUACAGCUUUUAUUUUCUAAACAGUACAACAUGUUCAGGAUUACAAGAAUUGCACCGUAUAGAGAGAAAAUUAGAAAGUUUGAAAGUCGACCGCCAAAAUAUUAACGAAAUGUUAGGACGACCUGCUCAACCAGAACAUCGCUUUAAACGAGGAGUUUUUGAUUUUGUUUGGCAAAUUACAAAAAUCCUUUUUGUACUCUAGACUCAUCCGAUGCUGACUACUACAAUAAUCAAAUAUAUUGCGUUUACAACAAUUCAAAAAAACUAACUAAUCUUUAUAAAAAACAAAUUAAUGUUAUCCAGUCCAGCAUUAACACCUUUAGUAAUCUUUUUAAAGUUCACGCCAGACAAUUUGAGGAAGUAAAUUAUAAUCUGGAACAGUUAAAUAAACACAUAUUAAACAACCGUCGCAAA